CCACAAAUUUGUUGUUGUGGGAGGGGCUUUUAAAGUUUCUGAUGUCGAGCUUUUGUAGCUAGAUAAGAAGUUCGCGGUUAGAUCGCAGUAAAGCAGCUAUGUAUUUAACGCCAUCUUAACACAUAACUUUGCGGAAGGUUUUCUUUGCUUGGGCAACAUGGGCGAACAGAGAUAAUCGAUAAAUUAACAAGCCCGAUAUAACACAGCGCAAGCGGGGAGUGUGCGUUCGAGAUGGUGAAAUUGGAUGAAAUGUUAACGGGAAACAUAGCUAACCAUGGAAAGCCCGGCAAUUUCUAAGUACUCGUGUCUGGAUUUUUGGUUUUCGGUUAUCGGUGUAUGCACUUAUUUGUUCGAUGUGGGAUCUGAUGUAUGGGUAGCGACAGAGUUGUAUUCGCGCGGGGAUGUUCCAUGGUUUGGAGUGCUUGUCGGCCUCAUGGCCCUUUCUUCAGUUGUGGUCCAGAUGUUCAGUUGGUACUGGUUCAAAUACGACCGCAAACUGGAAGGGUUCAAUGCGCAAAACUCAACAGAUACAGUACUUUUUGGCAACCACCUCAAGCUUUCAGGCCUUCUACAUGUUUUUCAGUUGGGCUUCUUCUGCAGGCACAUCUCUGCCAUAUGGCAAGGCUUCCGGGUGUGGUGGAGGAGGGAUCAGAUCUCAGAAUAUGCUGUGUACCUGACUCAUGACCUCAGUAUGCUUCGGCUUAUUGAGACCUUCUGUGAGAGCGCCCCCCAACUCACUCUCAUGGCUUACAUCAUGCUCUACACCAACCAUGCAAGGACUGUACAGUGUGUAAGCGUCGUAGCAUCUACCACCUCUAUAGCCUGGAUGGUAGUGGACUACCAUCGUUCUUUGCGCUCCUUCCUCCCUGACAAGGCCAAACAGGGCUGGGGCUCUUCUCUGGUCUACUUCCUGUGGAACCUGCUGCUUAUCGCCCCACGUGUGGCUGCAGUGGCUCUCUUCACCUCAGUCCUGUGCAACUACGUCUUUGUCCACUUACUUUUAAUAUGGCUUGUAAUGGUGUUCUGGGUCUGGUGCCAGAAAACAGAUUUCAUGGACAGUGCUGGCGGAGAGUGGCUCUACCGGGCUACUGUAGGUCUUAUCUGGUACUUUAGCUGGUUUAACGUGGCAGAGGGGCGAACAAGGGGGAAUAGUGUUAUUUACCACUCUUUCAUGGUCGUGGAUGGAGGGAUCCUGUUGAUUACCUGGUGGUGGUACAGAGACCCAGUCCUGACAGACUCCUACGCCCCGAUCCUGCUUGCCGCUCUGCCACUCACUUACCUUGUGGGCUUGCUUUUCAAAGUCUUUUACUACUGCUGCUUUCACCCCAAACUGUGGAGGCCCCCAGCGCGGGACACAGGUGCCAUUGAGAUGCCUGAUGGUCAGUUGUCUGUGAGAGCCAUGGUUUCCCAGGUGGGAGCUUCCUCUCAGGUUCUCAACAAGAGGAUGGCCUAUCAUGCUAAUCGCUUUUACUCUCAGAGAGAUGCUAGUACCAACCUUAUUGGUAAAACAAACGGACGUGAUGCCAACAGUGUUUUGCAACCGAUUGCAAACUAAACUGUGGAAAAUUAAUGAUGGUUAGUUUUAGAAGGUUUUGAUAUCACAACAAGUGUUAUGAGAGCUGCUAAAGUUGUACCUUUGGUACAAAUUGUGAGUAGUAUACUGUUACUGUUUCAAGGUUAUGAAGUAAUGCUGGAUGUUUCAACUGGUUGGUUUUGUUGAAAUAUGUUUGUUUACUGCAUAACCUUUGUACUGAUGGCCAACAUUUUGAGACAAGUGAAACGCUUCAUAUAUUACGCAUACCACAUACAGUAUUUGACCAGAAUAAGUCUGUUUCUUGUAUGUAUUUACAUGCAGGUGGUUGGAAUUUGACAUGAUCUCUAUUAGCCAGUGUAUUAAGUAUAUAUUAAGUAAAGGGCAAAGGCAACAGUGUAGUUUGUGUUUAAAUUAAGACCAGUACAGUAGUCCAACUCAAGUUAUUUUAAUUUUAAUGUUCUCUUUUUAUUUAUAAGGUGUACGUGCAGUAUGUCUCAUGAUCUGUGCCAACAUUGUAAAAUAUGUAAUAGUGAUCCAUCUAAAUGAUAUCGUAACUAUAGUAAUGUUUGUUGAAGUUUCUAUGUAACACCAGGGAGUUAUUGUUUGAAAGUUGGAGAGUGUAUUUUUUAAUUAUCGUUCAAGGCACAAGAAGCAUGACAAAUAAAUAAUGUUCUUCCACAGCCA